UUCUCCAAGAGGUUCCGGCGCCCCGCCCUUCCUGGCAAGAUGGCGGCGCCCGGCUGCGGUGCACGGGGCCUCCGGGUCCGGGGUGCUGGCCAGUCUUUGGGGAGUCUCAUCACUCUUGUUUCAAAGCUAUUUUGUUCCACGGCUGCUUCCUCUAAGUCUCUGGACGCCCAGCGAUUAGCUGAAAGGCUUCGAGCCCAAAAACAGAAUCAGAAGAGGAAAAAGGAGCCGGUGCUCACAAACCCUGUUCAGCGGAGGGUUCGAGAAUUAGUGCGCUUCACACAGCAGCUGCAGCGAGUCCACCCCAAUGUGCUUGCUAAGGCACUGAGCCGAGGGAUUCUCCACCAGGACAAGGACCUUGUGGUCAUCAAUAAGCCCUAUGGCCUACCUGUGCAUGGUGGCCCUGGGGUCCAGCUGUGCAUCAGUGAUGUACUGCCUAUCCUGGCAAAGAUACUUCGUGGCCACAAGGCAGAGCCCUUGCAUCUGUGCCACCGGCUGGACAAGGAAACCACAGGCGUGAUGGUGUUGGCUUGGGAGAAGGAAGUGGCACAUCAAAUUCAAGAGAUGUUUAGAACCCGUCAGGUGACAAAGAAGUACUGGGCCAUCACUGUACGUGUCCCAGUGCCCUCAGCAGGAGUUGUGGAUAUCCCAAUCAUAGAGAAGGAGGUGCAAGGCCAGCAGCAACACCACAAGAUGACGCUGUCCCCAAACUACCGCAUGGACAAGGGGAAGAUGGUGAAAGUGCGGAGCAGCCGGAUCGCACACGUUGCUGUGACUCAGUACCAGGUGCUAAGCAGCACUCUCUCCUCUGCCUUCAUGGAGCUCCAGCCCAUUACUGGAAUAAAACAUCAGCUUCGAGUUCACUUGUCUUUUGGAUUGGAUUGUCCAAUCCUUGGUGAUCACAAGUACUCAGAUUGGAAUAAGUUGGCCCCCCAGAAACUAUCUGUUGGCACCCUGAAGAAGCUGGGGCUGGAACAGUCAAAGGCUCGCCAUAUCCCGCUUCAUCUGCAUGCUCGGCAGCUGAUCAUGCCUGCUCUGGGGUCCAGGAAGGAGGAACUCAACUUAGUCUGCAAGCUCCCUCGCUUCUUUGUUCGUUCCCUGCACCGUCUGGGUUUAGAGAUGCCAAAUCAGGAUGAAAAUGGGGACAAAGAAGCCAGGCAUCUGGGAACACAGUGAAAACUCUGGGAGCUCCCUGACAUCCAGGAGCACAGGUUGGCCACUGAACUCUUUGCUUUGUUUACUGGACUGUGCCAACUUCUCACUGGGAACAGACUCCAUAAGAGCCAGGUAGGAUAAGUUGAAGCAACACAGUUGCUUCAGUGCUUUUCAUGGAGAAUAAAGUCUAUUGCUGUGGAAAAGUCUGCUGGAAGUCUCCCUGCCACAGGGUCUCAUUGCCAUGGUGGAAGAGAGCCCAGGGCCAGCCAUGUUGGAGCAAUGAGC